AUCAAACAGGACUAUCUUUGACUGCUAAGCGCCGCCAUGAUUUCCAAAGUCCUUCCUGAGGCAGACCAUUUUGUGCCUGUUCAACCAUCCAAGGAACCCGUCGACUUUGCGUCACUCCGUACUAUCGACCUCAGCCGUUACGAUGAUGGCCCUGAAGCUCGAGCCGAGCUGGCAGAAGAGAUUCGACUUGCUAUGACUACCCAAGGCUUCUUUACCAUCAUCAACCACGGCAUCACUGAAAAGGAUAUCUCACGCCAGGUAGACAUUGGUCAUACAAUCCUAAAGCGCACUCCGCAGGAAGAGAAGUUGCGUUUGAAGGCGCCUAUGAUUGAGGAAGGUUCAUACCAUGGCUUUAAACCCCGUGGCCACUGGCGCAAUGCAGGAAAUGUGCGAGACAAGGUGGAGAACUUCAACGUCUACCGGGACAUGUCCCUUCGGGAACAGCCUGCGGCACUGAAGCCUUUCCAACCUGAAAUCCAGAGCUUUAUCGACUAUACCCACAAGGACAUCCUGUACAAGCUCCUUCGGCUCUUCGGGAUCGCAUUGAAGCUCGAUGAUGAGGACUACCUGGUAAAAGCUCAUGACUAUAACGGUCACGACGAAACCUGGCUUCGAUACAUGGAGUACUACGAUGAAUACACUUCCGAGGAGAAGGCCGUGACCGGAGGUCUCUGGUUGGGUGGUCAUCAAGACUUCACCAGCCUGUCGCUUCUCUUUAGCCAGCCAAUGUCGUCGCUCCAGGUUCGUGAUUAUGACUCGAACGAGUGGAAAUAUGUCAAGCAUGUCCCAGGAGCGAUUGUUGUCAAUGCCGGCGAGACCAUGCUCUGGUGGACUGGGAACUACUUCAAAGCUGCCAUCCAUCGUGUGUUUGAGCCGCCUGUCGAUCAGCGCGGUCACAAUAGGAGCAGCGUCUUCUACUUUUGUGUGCCAAACGAUAAGGUGGUUAUCAACACACUGCUUGACAAGAGUCCUGUCCUUAGGGAAGCUGGAGUCGAGAUGGCACACUUGCCAAAGGAUGCUCCGACAAGCGCUGACUGGUCCCAUGGAAGGAUCAAGAUUACGGGCAGGAACGCCGUAUGGGAUAAGAAGGGUGAUGGAGCUAAUGUGACUGUUGAGCGCGUUGGAACUGUGGAGACCAAGUGGUUCAGAUGAAGAAUGCAGUGGCUGGCCUUGGGAUUGGGCGAUCGGAAAUGUCC